UCCUCCUGUCUCAGUAUAAUAACGAGUCUGUAGAACAGUGUGGCUGCAUCGUGGAAACGUGCAGGCGAGACAGCAUGAAAUAAUAGCUUGCUAUUACAAGGGUUUAAAUAGACUAGAUUAAUACGAAUCAUAAAUUAUGGUUCCACGUUUUUUUGGAUCCGGGGGGAAGACUAUUUGACAUAUUUAAUUCAAUAACGUUAUGCCAAUCAUCGGUGGAUAGCCAGCUGGCGCGCAUCUCCUCCAUCCGAAUUCGACUACUAUUUGCAACUUGCAGCCACAUCCCGGUUCCUUUUGCUGUGCAUUUUUGUAUUCUUUCGGAUGUGUGAAAGAAUUGUUGAGGGAACAUGCGUGAUGCAUUAAACCGCAUUGAGCCAACUAGCUAGCGAUAUCUGCAACCAACCACUUAUUUGACCAAACGCGGCUUGUAUCGGGAUGGCACCGUGGGGGAUAGCAUUCAUCUGUUUACAGUGGGUAAUCCACUAUGUAUUGUGCCGCGAGGUGAUUGUUCCCACUGGUCCACUGUACCGUGUAGCAGGGUUCCCCUUGACUCUGCCCUGCGCUGUGACCGGUUAUGAAGGCUCGCGCACACAACACUUUGAGUGGUUCCAAUACCGGACAGACACGGGUGGUCAUCAGAUCGGGGUGAUCUCCACCCGGGACCAGGGCUUCCCCUACGCCCCCUUCCAGGCGAGGGUGCGCUCAGGAGAGAUCCGGGUGGAGAGAGACUCGGGGGACAGAGCCAGGCUUGUGGUGCAGAGACUGCGGCAAGAUGACCAGGGACGAUACGAAUGCUACACGCCUAGCACCGACACGCGUUACCAAGGCAACUACAGUGCCUCUGUGGUGGUGAAAGUGAUCCCUGACACCCUCCUCAUCAGCCACCCCCGCACUUUAAGUGGCCAGCCCAUGACUGAGGGAGCGGAGCUGCAGCUCACGUGCAAAGCCUCCGCUCUGUCCCGGCAGCACACCCACCUCUCCAUCACUUUCGGCGUGCAGGGCGGUGCGGAGACGGCCAUGGGCCCUCCGGGGGCACAGGGCAACACCCUGCGGGAGAUCAUCGCCAUUGACCGGGGGCUGGCGGUCACCCCCAGGCCCAACGGCUACGACAAGCGCUAUCAAGCUGGCGAGAUCUCGCUUGAAAAGAGGACCGGGGACAGCAGCGGCGACCUGUACGUGAUGAAGAUCGGCGCCCUUGCCCCAGAGGACUCUGGGUCUUACUUCUGUGAGGCGGCUCAGUGGAUCCUGGACCCUGACGGCACGUGGCAGAGGAUCGCGCAGAGGACCAUGGAGCUGGGCAACCUGACUGUCCAGCCUCUGGCGGACUCCCUGACGGUGACCUCCGCACCCAAAGGCGAGGUGACCCUGCUGGUGGGCUCCCCCCUCAGCCUGACCUGUGAGGUGUCUGGGGUGGGCUCCUGGACGCGCUCCUCCCUGCUGGUGCAGUGGACGAGACGGGGUGCGACCAGCAGCGACGGCUCCUCUGGAGGUGGGGUGGAGGUGGAGGUGGCCCGGAUCGGCCCAGACGGUGUGGUCAGCUGGGGGGACGACUCCAAACGCCAGGGGGCUGCAUCCAUGGAGAAGGAAGGGGAGGGGAAGUACACCCUCCGGCGGUUCGCGACGUAUCCGUCAGACGCUGGGGUAUACCGCUGCGCAGUGAGCGUGUAUGCUGGAAAGCUGAACCCGGGACCUUCGGCCCCGGCCACAGUUACCCAGAGGUCUGAGGGAGUGACUGUCAACGUCAAGACUAAAGAUGUGAGUGUGGUGGCGGUGGCUGAGUUGCCUCGUGGUCCGCUGUUGAAGAGAGGAAACACAGUGGCCCUGCUUUGCAACGUGUCCGUGACCACCAUGGGAGCCUCCCAAGUUGAGAUCCAGUGGCUGUGGAAGCGGGAGUCUCUGAAGGGCCUGGGUGAGAAGCCCAUGGCCGAUGACUCCGGCCGCGCUGUGGCCCUGCUGACCUACGACGGCAUGUCCCGCAUCUACGCCAACGGAAGCGAGCUGACCGUCGACCGCCUGGCUCCCGACUGCUACCGCCUGAGGAUCCACUCGGCCAGGGUAGAGGACCAGGGGCACUACCUGUGCCAGGCGGCGGUGUGGGGGCAGGACCCCAACGGAGCGUGGUACAACACCGGAGCCAAAGCGGAGUCGCCCGCGGUCCGGGUCUACCUGUAUGCUAGAGUCAUGGAUCUUCUCCUCAUACCUCUAGUAAUCGGAGUGUCGUCUGCCCUCUUUGUGGGUGUUGUCAUCAUCGCCACGGUGACGUGUUGUUUCAUGAGGAGCUUGGCAAGGCAACGCUCCCAGAAGUAGGUGCCACGUGGUGUUUACACAGGGCUGUCCGAGCCUCUGAUAAAACACACGUGGCACAAUGACAAUGGAAAGCCUGUUUGCCCUCUCCCAGAUAAUGCACAUUUAUAAGAUAUAGAUGUGCAAACGUGGGAUGGGGAUUAUGGUCACACUUGUGCCAAUUUUUCAAGACAAUGAUCAGACAUGAUGAGAACCAGCUGAAGAUUAUUGCACGAUUAGAAGAAACAAACAAACAAACAAAUAUAACCCAAAAGUCCUCUAAAUGUUUCAGAUGUACUGCUGUAAGUCUGUUAACAUUUUGAAAUGUGAAGCAGGCUUCUUUCGCUGUUCUCUAUGCAUGAACGAAUAAUAUAUUCACUAACCUUCUGAGGACCAUUACCAUGGACAGUGAACCUCUGGUGGAGAAGAGGAUGUAUAGGUGACUCACAGAUUCGUUUGUGACUCUCGUUGCAAAGGAUUGGGGACUUCCCCAAAUGAUCAGAGCUUUGCUGAUGUUUUUUUUUUUUUUUUAAACGAAACAGAUAACACAAAGUUAUUGUUAACUUGAAUUUGAGAGUGACCCAGUCCUUUACAGGCUAGUGCAAAUGGUCCACCAUCAUAUCAAGUUACCCUUUUUUUCAGUUACAUUAUAUGUGUAUAAAGAAAAAGGAUCAACAGAAAGAUGAAUCAUUUUGAAGAUUUAUGCACUGAUCUUUGCAAAUGCUCCCUUGUAUGCUAAUUUGGUAUUUGUGCUUGAAUAAGUUGGACAGAUGUGGUGUGAGGGUGAAAUGGUCCCUGAUACCCACACGUCCCGCAGGACCAAACUUACCUACAGUUACUAGAAACUGUUUCAAGCUACACAUCCAGUGCAGGGAUUGAUUGGUAUGGUCUGUUACUAUGGGAUAUCAAAGUGAACAGACCCAGUUGUAUGGCUGUAAAAGGAUCUGGGCCUCUCGGCCUGAGUAGAAAAGAAAAACAUUGGAGACCGAAGACCAUUCUUGGCUUCACCACCUUCUCCGUCUUUGUGAACAUGUAUUUUUCUUUUAUAUAUUAUGGUUAUAUUAAGCAUUGUUGCAUUGAGCAGAGUACCGUAGUGUACUGUUUGAUGUUUACAAAAUGUAUGACUAAUGUUUUUUUUGUGCUCACAAGGUAAAAUGUUAGUUGGGGAGACCUACUUAUUAUGCUGUUACUGUUCUGACAUAACCAGCAUGCAGUCACUGCCUGUUUUGCCCAAGCACUUACACGACCAAAUUGGGAGUCACAGUAGACUUAGAGCGUCUUUUUAUUUUUAAUCAUUUUAAGAUGAUUUUUUUUUAGGUUAGUGUUCAGGGAGGACCUUCGUGUACCUGUUCCUUGUGUAGCUGUUCAUUUCUGAUGAGUUCCAAAGAGAUGUUCUUAUUUUUUUGUUAACCAUAGUCUUUGACGCACCAUGUUAAAAAAAGCUCAUUAAUGCUGCUGCCUUGUCCUGUGUCACUCAGUGUCGUUCCCCCCCCCCCCCCCCACAGUGGAAUAUGGUCUGUGAAUUUGUAUUUUUUUUUUCUAUUUCAUUCGCACUGCAUUGUGGGUUACUGCUCUUCUCAUGGGAAGCAAUAAGCCAGCUGAAGUCAGACCCCUGUGCACCCGGGCGACAAGCAUCGCUGAGCCUCUCCCAAAUCCCAGUGUGCAAAACUCGCAAUGCAAUCUAUUUGAUGGCACAGACUCAACGCCUCGCUAUCGGAAUCCGAUUGGCCUCCGCUUCCCACCCCAUCCCUUUUCCUGGGUCGGCAGUGGGUCGAGCUCUUUUUCUGCUCCCUUUCUAACCAUUCAUUGUUAAUGUCAGCAAUGCAUUAGUGGAAAAAAAGAAGGGGGGGGCAUCUCUCAGAAACCACUUAGUUACAGAGCUCCAGUGCUGAAAGCUGAUUUAUCCAGCACUGUUCUCCAACCCCCACCCCCGCCCCCCCUGCCCACACGUGACCACAGCCCCGAAUGAGGGCCCUGGGUGAAGCGAAGUGAAUUCAUGCUGGCUGGGUUUUAAUCCCUGUGUUUAUAGUGUCUGCACACCCUCCCCCCAACUGUAUUUGUUAGUCAGAAUGUCGGCUUUAACUGUGCUCCUGUGGAACAGUAGUGGCCAUUUUUUCACUCCCUCUAUUCUCUCUCUCUCUCGCCUGUCUGAUUCCUUAUUGCACUAAUUGGGUUGUGAUUUCUUUGAAGGAACAGAUUUCAUGUCUAACUCUCAGUAAUUGUGAGUAAACCUACUGGUCUGAUUCCCGUUGUGUGAGAAUUGAUGUCCCCCGUGUUGUAUUCAAGUGUGUGCUGUAUUUAUAGUCACACAUGUUGCUAUGACUGAGGGUUAUGCUGUUUCAGUUAUUAUACCUUGCACUGCUUUGUAACUAUGUCAAUUUGAAAUGCCGCUUACAAUUUGAAGUUCUAAUUAUUUUCCAUCAUUGUUCACAAUUUGAAAUGUAAUGAGUGUGUGUGUGUGUGUGUGUGUGUGUGUGACGGUGCUUGGGGAAUGCAACCACACAAUGAAAUAAACCAUUCCAGACCAAAA